AUGGUCUCUUUGCCAAAAGGCAGCCGGGAGGAGGGUGUCUGCCCUAUCUGCCUGGAGCGCCUGAAGGAAGCUGUGAGCACGGACUGCAAACACCUCUUCUGUCGAGUGUGCCUGGCCCACCAUGUGGAAAAGGCCUCAGCCUCAGGGGCUCUCUGCUGCCCCCUCUGCCGCGAGCCCUGUUCUGAGGAGGUGCUGGGUGAAGGUUACAUCUGUCCCCAUCACCAGAAAAAAGUAUGCAGAUUCUGUGAGGAGACGGGAAGCCUGCUGUGUGUGGACUGCCUGGAGUUACCCGAACACCAGUCCCAUCCCAAGCCAACCAUUGAACAUGCCAUCAGCCAUUACAAGGAAAGACUCAACCGCCGGAGCAGGAAGCUUAGAAAGGACCUGGGAGAACUGCAGAGGCUCAAGGCCCAGGAGGAGGAGAAGCUGCAGGCUCUGCAGGUUGACUUGGCAUACCAUAAGCUGGAAGCUGAGCUGGAGAGCCAGUGCCAAACCAAGGGACAGCUGGAUGUUCUCCAUCCACCACCGCAGGAUCAGCCAGAGAACAUGCCAGAAGAGGCAGCCAGAUACCGUUACCUCUCCAAGGUAGUCAUCCAGCUUGCCAACCUGGUCACAAACUUAGAGAAGAUGGCCAAGGAGCUGGAUGCCACGACACUAAAGAAUGUCAGCGACUUACUGAACAGGAGUGCUCCACAGAAAUUAGAUGGACUGCUCUCGCUCCUUUCUUCCACCGGCUCAGCCCCCCAUUAG